CCCCCGCUCCUCCCCUUCGCCCGGCGUCGGGGCAGCUGCUCGCAGGCGACUCUCCGGCCCGCGGAGCUUCGGAGAUUCCCACGGCUGGGCCCGGCGGGACGGCGUGAGACAGCGGCUUGGCGUCCCAGGUAGUUGACACUUCCAGAUUCUGGUGUUCCCAUGGCAUUCACACCUUCCCAUCAGAGCAGUGGCCCCUCUGGUGAACAUCUGUUUAUGUGCCUAGACUCCUCUGACUCCGUAAAAAAGUCCAGGUCUAACGGUGGAGGAAGGACUGGAGAGGUUGCUGGGGAAAGUGAGUGAUCCAUUUAACCAAAGCAGAGAUGUCGGCUUAUUUAUAGGAAUUACUUGAAGCCAGAGUCAUGGUGGAUGUAGGAAAGUGGCCAAUCUUCACUCUGCUCUCCCCUCAAGAAAUUGCAUCUAUUCGGAAAGCAUGUGUCUUUGGCACCUCAGCCAAUGAAGCACUGUAUGUUACUGACAAUGAUGAGGUCUUUGUAUUUGGCCUGAACUAUAGUAACUGUCUAGGAACUGGAGAUAACCAGAGUACACUUGUACCCAAAAAGCUAGAAGCCUUAUGUGGAAAGAAGAUUAAAAGCCUUAGUUAUGGGAGUGGACCACAUGUCCUUCUCAGCACUGAAGAUGGAGUUGUUUAUGCCUGGGGCCACAAUGGAUAUAGCCAGCUUGGGAAUGGGACGACCAACCAAGGCAUUGCUCCCAUCCAAGUCUGUACCAAUCUCUUGAUCAAGCAAGUGGUUGAAGUAGCUUGUGGCUCACAUCAUUCAAUGGCUCUGGCAGCUGAUGGAGAGGUAUUCGCUUGGGGCUAUAACAACUGUGGCCAGGUGGGAUCAGGAUCUACAACAAAUCAACCAACUCCUCGCAAAGUUACAAACUGUUUACAUAUUAAGAGGGUGGUUGGCAUUGCUUGUGGUCAGACCUCAUCCAUGGCUGUUCUGGACAAUGGUGAGGUAUAUGGCUGGGGUUACAAUGGCAAUGGUCAGCUAGGCUUGGGAAACAAUGGCAAUCAGCUGACCCCUGUGCGAGUGGCGGCUUUGCACAGCGUGUGUGUGAACCAGAUUGUCUGCGGCUAUGCACACACUCUAGCACUAACAGAUGAGGGCUUGCUCUAUGCCUGGGGAGCUAACACCUAUGGGCAGCUGGGAACUGGCAAUAAAAAUAACCUGCUAAGCCCGGCCCACAUCAUGGUGGAGAAAGAAAGGGUCGUAGAGAUUGCGGCCUGCCACUCUGCACACACGUCGGCGGCCAAGACCCAGGGCGGGCACGUGUACAUGUGGGGCCAGUGCCGGGGCCAGUCGGUGAUCCUGCCCCACCUCACCCACUUCUCCUGCACCGAUGACGUGUUCGCCUGCUUUGCCACGCCUGCCGUCUCGUGGCGCCUCCUGUCCGUGGAGCACGAAGACUUUUUAACAGUUGCCGAAUCACUGAAGAAAGAAUUUGAUAGUCCAGAAACUGCUGAUCUGAAGUUUCGAAUUGAUGGGAAAUAUAUCCAUGUCCAUAAGGCUGUUUUGAAAAUCAGGUGUGAGCACUUUCGGUCCAUGUUCCAGUCUUACUGGAAUGAGGAUAUGAAGGAGGUGAUAGAAAUAGACCAGUUUUCUUACCCAGUAUACCGUGCCUUUCUCCAGUACCUCUACACAGACACAGUGGACCUGCCGCCGGAAGAUGCUAUAGGUCUUUUGGACUUGGCUACAUCUUACUGUGAAAACCGACUGAGAAAGCUUUGUCAGCACAUUAUCAAACGUGGAAUUACAGUGGAGAAUGCCUUUUCACUGUUCUCUGCUGCAGUCAGAUACGAUGCAGAGGAUUUAGAAGAAUUCUGCUUUAAGUUUUGCAUCAAUCAUUUGACAGAAGUUACACAGACUGCAGCAUUUUGGCAAAUGGAUGGCCCUCUGCUAAAGGAAUUCAUUGCUAAAGCCAGUAAAUGUGGAGCCUUUAAGAACUGAAGCCCAAGGCUGCUGGGUUUUGUGAGUGCCCGGGGGUAUGGGCGAUGGUGCGUCCUUUGUGCUCUGCAGGUGAUGUAAUUUUGCAGGUAAAAACCCAUCAGGUGUUUUUUGUUCUUUGUUUUUUGUUUUUUGUUUUUUUCCCAUUUCUGAGACACAGUUCUCUGUGUAGGAAUAUAUGAAGGAUGUACAGCUUUCCUGAACCCGUUUUGAACAACUCUUGUUUCCAGAUAUGUAGAUUUUAAAUGUGACCUUAAUUUGGCUGGAAUGUUGUAAAGGGGUGAAAGUUCAGCUGGUUGUUUUUUUGUUUUGUUUCUGACUAGAGGAACUUAUGAACUUGGAAAGGGGAAAUCUGUGGUAAUUCUUCUGUUUCACAUAUUGACAACCCUUUGACACCAGGAAUUGGGACAGUCUGUGAAUUGUGGGAUAGUCAUAGAGGCCCCACCGUGAAUUAAAGAUGCUGACUUUGGGGCUCGUUGAAAUGCUGCAUUAAUUGCUAUUUCAGUAGCCAUACUGUGAGGCAUAGUUAAGAUAGUUUGAGGCUUUUGUAUUUGCACUACUGAGGACCUUUUUUAAUUUCAUGGUGUUUCAAAAUAGUAAUCAGUUUAAUCUGAGUUAAACCUAUUGAGAUGCUGAUCAUGUAGAGAUAAACUUCUAGGCCAAGACUUCUCUAAAGACUUAAGCACAGAAAGAGUAGUAAUUUAGGACUACCUGUGAAAACUUGAUCAUGAAAGAAAUUUUGUUUGGACACAGGUCAAUAUUUUAUAAAUUAGAAUCUCCACUACUAUCCAACAGUGUUUUGUUUUAUUAAGACAAAGUCCAAGAACUGAAGUUAAAAUUGCUCCCCCAUCGUUUCCCCCAUAAAUGCUCAUCAUAAGAGGAAAGUAAUGGCAUGCUCCUAUACUCUGGCCUUCCUAAAAUCAUGGCAGCUAGAUCAUCAGAUCUGCUACAACAGACUCAGAAGUGGUUCUUAAAACCACCUUUCUGGCAGGACUUCUUGGAAUUUGUUUUAGCUCUUUUAUCCAGGCCGAGUAUCAUCACACAUUCGCUUAUUUGUAAUGUCAGUGGCUUUCAUUUUAGACUUCUUCAGCUUUUAUGUGUUAGGUAUAAUAUUUAACACAAUUUAACUUAAAAAAACGAUCAAAAUUAUGGUUUUCCUGAAAAGAUCCUACUUAAAAGGGUCUUUCAGUUUGGUUUUGUGUUUGGUUUUGUUUUGGUCUGCUUAUGAAACGUGAUUUUGGGAGGAAGAGUGUUCAGCUCUGGGUUUUAUCAUGUGUGUCCAUUGAGCUUGCUGUGAGAACAAAGCUUUGUUCUGUUCUCUGGCCCAUGGACUCAUUUCCAUUUGUGGGCAUGCCCUAGUGAACUCUUUGCUGCUUGGAAGUUCCCUCAUCUGAACUUGGAGCCUAAAUACAUUUUCAGAGCCGAAUUAAUAGGAGGGGGAAGAUAUGCUGCAGCCGCUAUUUUUAGCAAUGUUUCGG